CCCCAGAGAAAUGGAGGAAAGUAUCAGGUCAAAGGUGAUCAUAAGCCAGCAAAUGUUUCUCUACAUUCAACCUAUCUUAACCAUCAGCAGGUUCUUAGGAUUAUCUCCGGUGAGAUACCAGAAAAAUGGGCAAAAUUACAUUAUAAGCCUUUCAUACCUAUACGUUGCCUACAGCUAUCUAUUUGGUUUGGUACUAGCUGGUUCUGCUGUGUUAGGACUAGUGGGAGAUUUAAAGGCUAACCCUGAACAUUCCUUAAGGGUGAAGGACCAUAAGGGAGCAUACGUGGUUAGUUGUGACCUAGGGUUGAUGAUAAUCAUAGUUAUUCUCGGUAUAUUCAUUUCGCCAUUCAAAAUAGACAAGUUCUUUCUCAUCUUAGCUUCUUUGAAUCAGAUUCAUCUAAAACUACCAACUUCGAUCAAGGAAGGACCAAGAAAAACAUCUUUCAUCAUAUCUUUCGUGUCCUACUUCGUAUUUUUUGGAGUUCUCACCUAUGAUUUCAUAGGUUGGUGCAUCCAAACUAAUGGAAAACCUUCUUCGAAACGUUUAUGGAACAACAUUCCAGUAUAUAUACUCUACGUCGUGUCUUGGACACAGGAAAUUUAUUUUUGGCAUAUGACGUACUUUGUUAAACGGUGUGUCCAGGCCUUAAACACUGGGUUGUCACUUCACAUUGAAGAUAAAGGAAAAAAUGUGAAAAUUGUUGAUCCAAAGGUUCAACAGAAGGUAUAUUCCAUCGAUAAUAUGGGAAGGACUGCUCCUUCGAAUACCUUGGUGAAAAAUAUUCUCACAUCCCAAAAGGCAAAAACGUUCAUUCACGUACAUAGGAUACUGUUUGAGGUUGUUAACUUCAUAAACGACUGGUAUGGAAUACCUUUAAUGUUGAUACUACUGAGCUGUUUCCUUCAAUUGAUUGGAACCCCGUACUUUAUGCUCUCGAAUACCAACGAAAAAUCCAUAGUUUUUUCUAUUCUCGAAGUCGUUUGGCUGUUCACACACACAAGUAGACUUCUCAUUAUUGUUGAGGCAUCUCAUCGUUGUGUAAAAGAGGUGAGAACAUCACGAGUGAAGUAAAAAAACAGCCAACAGAUAUAUCUUGUAUUUUCAGUACGAAAAAAUCAACUAUCUACUAUGCCAACAUUUGGAGAGGAACUAUGAAAAUGAAGUAAUGCUUAAGGUACAAAUAAAUUCAUUAA